AUGCCCUCCUCCACACACUCCAUUGCACCGUCCUACAGAGAGGAGGGGACGGUGAGGUUGAGUGCCGAGGAGGGUAGUGAUAGUGCCGAGGAGGGUAGUGAUAGUGCCGAGGAGGGUAGUGAUAGUGCCGAGGAGGGUAGUGAUAGUGCCGAGGAGGGUAGUGAUAGUGCCGAGGAGGGUAGUGAUAGUGCCGAGGAGGGUAGUGAUAGUGCCGAGGAGGGUAGUGAUAGUGCCGAGGAGGGUAGUGAUAGUGCCGAGGAGGGUAGUGAUAGUGCCGAGGAGGGUAGUGAUAGUGCCGAGGAGGGUAGUGAUAGUGCCGAGGAGGGUAGUGAUAGUGCCGAGGAGGGUAGUGAUAGUGCCGAGGAGGGUAGUGAUAGUGCCGAGGAGGGUAGUGAUAGUGCCGAGGAGGGUAGUGAUAGUGCCGAGGAGGGUAGUGAUAGUGCCGAGGAGGGUAGUGAUAGUGCCGAGGAGGGUAGUGAUAGUGCCGAGGAGGGUAGUGAUAGUGCCGAGGAGGGUAGUGAUAGUGCCGAGGAGGGUAGUGAUAGUGCCGAGGAGGGUAGUGAUAGUGCCGAGGAGGGUAGUGAUAGUGCCGAGGAGGGUAGUGAUAGUGCCGAGGAGGGUAGUGAUAGUGCCGAGGAGGGUAGUGAUAGUGCCGAGGAGGGUAGUGAUAGUGCCGAGGAGGGUAGUGAUAGUGCCGAGGAGGGUAGUGAUAGUGCCGAGGAGGGUAGUGAUAGUGCCGAGGAGGGUAGUGAUAGUGCCGAGGAGGGUAGUGAUAGUGCCGAGGAGGGUAGUGAUAGUGCCGAGGAGGGUAGUGAUAGUGCCGAGGAGGGUAGUGAUAGUGCCGAGGAGGGUAGUGAUAGUGCCGAGGAGGGUAGUGAUAGUGCCGAGGAGGGUAGUGAUAGUGCCGAGGAGGGUAGUGAUAGUGCCGAGGAGGGUAGUGAUAGUGCCGAGGAGGGUAGUGAUAGUGCCGAGGAGGGUAGUGAUAGUGCCGAGGAGGGUAGUGAUAGUGCCGAGGAGGGUAGUGAUAGUGCCGAGGAGGGUAGUGAUAGUGCCGAGGAGGGUAGUGAUAGUGCCGAGGAGGGUAGUGAUAGUGCCGAGGAGGGUAGUGAUAGUGCCGAGGAGGGUAGUGAUAGUGCCGAGGAGGGUAGUGAUAGUGCCGAGGAGGGUAGUGAUAGUGCCGAGGAGGGUAGUGAUAGUGCCGAGGAGGGUAGUGAUAGUGCCGAGGAGGGUAGUGAUAGUGCCGAGGAGGGUAGUGAUAGUGCCGAGGAGGGUAGUGAUAGUGCCGAGGAGGGUAGUGAUAGUGCCGAGGAGGGUAGUGAUAGUGCCGAGGAGGGUAGUGAUAGUGCCGAGGAGGGUAGUGAUAGUGCCGAGGAGGGUAGUGAUAGUGCCGAGGAGGGUAGUGAUAGUGCCGAGGAGGGUAGUGAUAGUGCCGAGGAGGGUAGUGAUAGUGCCGAGGAGGGUAGUGAUAGUGCCGAGGAGGGUAGUGAUAGUGCCGAGGAGGGUAGUGAUAGUGCCGAGGACGGUAGUGAUAGUGCCGAGGAGGGUAGUGAUAGUGCCGUGCUGCCAUGCUAUUUAUACGGCUAUUCGUUCUUAGUCUUGAAGCCUGAAAAAGCAUGA